AUGGAGAACAAGCAAUCGGCGACAAUGGCGCCGUCCCUCAUCGAUCUCCCGCCGAACAUCAUCAUGGAGAUCCUCGUCCGCCUUCCUCUCAGAACCCUCUUCCUCAGCAGGUCCGUCUGCAAAACUUUUCUCACCUUAACCUCCCCAAACCCCCACUUCAUCGACCUCCACUCCUCCAACGCCGCCCAAAUCCUCCUUAUCCAGCUCGGCGGCGCCCUCAACCCGUCACACUUACUCAACGUGGCCGAGCCGGAGCUCGACCUGCGCUCGGGGCUCUAUUUCUUUCCAAAACCCUUGUUCCAGCUGCCCAAGAUGGGCACCAGCGUCUUGUACUACCGCACCCAUUUGCGCGAGCCAAACAACUUCGUCCUCAUCAAUUCGUGCAAUGGGCUGAUUUACCUCGUCAGGAGGUACGCGCGGGAUGAGCGUUCCCUAGUGUGUAACCCUGUCACGAAUGAGUACCUUUUGAUUCCUGAAGUUGAUGGGGAACUUAGGUUGAAGACGGAGACUAAGAGCAUGUGGUUAGGGUUUAGUCCUGGUACCAAUCAGUAUAAGGUUAUGAGAGUAUCAAGGUCUCUGAACAAUUUUGAGUUUGCAGCUCAGGUGUUUGUGAUUGGGUCCGACUCGUGGAGGAGCAUCGAGGCUGUUGCUGCGCCCUUGGGCGCUGAGCAUUCGUGGGAUUUGUACCCGACUUUCUUGAAUGGAUUGACGUAUUGGCUGGACAAGUCCUGGAAUGGCAUCCUUUUCUUUGACUAUGAAAAGGAAAUUUUCGGGGAUGUUGAGCUGCCGUCUGAAUUUGGGGCAGAACAGUUGAGGAACGAGCAGAGUAUGAGCAUCGGUGUUCUCAGAGGUUGCCUUUGCUUGAGUUUCAACGAUUUUAAUGCUCAGCGUGUGGAUUUAUGGGUGAUGAGAAAGAAUGGGAAUCGAGAGUCUUGGAGCAAGGACUUUGUUGUUGAUCUGGUCAGGCCCGUGGACAAGCCCGCACUCGGGAGGUUCAAGCCGCUGCAAGUGCUCAGGAGUGGGGAGAUAGUGAUGCUAUGGGUCGAGACUGAUGUGAUCUGCUAUAAUCCGAGAAACAAGAGCCUUAAAUUUGUCGGGUUUCGUUGGGUGAGAUCGAUGCCCAUUAUUGAUGUGGCUUUUACUCCUAGCUUUGUUUCCCUCAAAGACACACUGCAGGUCGAGGAGGUUAUAAGCAGACACGUUAGGCUAUGGUAA